CCUCGUUGGCGAGAAGCUGGGGAGCGCCAGUCGGUCGCCGUCGCGCCUGCAUCCCGGAUCUGCGGACUUGCACGCGUCGUGGUGCCCGGAGACGGGAGCUUGUCAAGCACCCUGAACAUUCGCACUGCGCCCCCUGCUCUGACGUCUUGUUGUCAACCUCCUUCGCCUUCUCUGAGUACUGCCUGCACAGCGGCAAGUUGAACUUCAAGGACGACGUGGGUGACCAGUGAGUGGUUGGAAACGCCGGCAGAGGUCCCUCGCCGAGGCAUGACGUCCAGAGACGGCUGUGCCGUGGUGGCGGGCGGAUCUUGAGCAGCGGCCGGCUCAUGGUGUAGCAUGUCCUUGCUGCGGGGCGUGCACCGACCUUACAGCCACUUGGACGACGAGGACGACCUCGUGCGGUACACGGACACGCAACACGACUCGCGCAGCUCGCCCACUUCGUCGUCGGCCGCAGCGCCCGCUUCUCGACUCGUCGACCACUCGCGCCGCCACUACUGGUCCACCGCCGCAGGAACGGGCUCUCAGCAAGGACGGUGCAGCCCCAAGAUGUGCGUUCUCGCAGCCGUCACCACGCUCGUCACGCUCACGAUACUGGUCACCGUGGCGGCGGGGUUGAUAGCCACGACCGUGAGCCCUACUAGUAGCAGUGCCGGCAAUGCGUCUACUGGUGACGCGUCCGGGACGACUCCGACGACAAACGGCGCCGGCAGGUCGCUGGAAGACGUGGUGCGUGCGCGCACCCCCGGCUGUGGGGAGAUCGCGGGAGUCGUCGAGGACGGAGCGUUUGUUUUCAAGGCGCUACGUUACGCCGAGGCACCCGUGGGUGAACGCCGGUGGCGCAAGCCGCAGCCCAGCAACGCCCAGUCAUGCGUGGCCGGUCGCCGGGCAGAGCACUUCGGAUCGCCGUGCCUGCAGGCCAACCCGGUCACCAAGAAGUUUGAAGGGUCCGAGGACUGCCUCUUCCUCAACGUCUGGACGCCACGCAUAGACGUCACCGCCGGCAUGGAUGUGCUAGUCUGGAUCCACGGUGGGUUUCUCCAGCUGGGUUCCGGCAACCAGCCCGGCCUGAGUCCUUCAGGGCGUUUGGCGAGAGGCACAAACGUCGUACUCGUCAGCUUCAACUACCGCCUCGGGCCGCUGGGGUUCCUCGCCCUGGCUGCGCUGGGGACCGAAGUCAACCACGGCCUCUGGGAUGCCGCGCUGGCCCUCACCUGGGUCCGCGACAACAUUCGUUCCCUCGGAGGGGACCCUGAGAAGGUGACGGUGGUGGGGACGGACGCGGGCGCCUCACUGGCACUAGCGAUUUUGGCAGCGGGGCCCCAGGCUGGCUGGGGCCGUCUCUUCCGAGCUGCCUGGCUUGAUGGUCCCUCUUCUGUACUGAACAGAACGUACGCACAGGUUGCCAAGCACAACAAGGCAUUUUUUCAGCAGCGCUCGGGCUGCACAAAUGCCACGUGCCUGCGAGCACUGAGCGGUCAUGACGUCAUCAAGGCCCAUUUGGGUAAAGACGACCCAUCUUUCAGGAUCAGGGACCAGAACGACCUGCCCAUUCAGGGGAUAUUUCCGGAGCAGUUCCUCGUCGUCGACGGCACAUUACUUACGAAGCCACCACUGGAAAUGAUCGAAGGCAAUUCCAAGUGUGACAUCCCUAUAUUGAUCGGGUCAUCGUCUCAAGCAGUUGACAUAUGGCCGGGGCCAGACGACUUGAGCCACUGGUCUUGGAACCAGUACAAGAAAUACGUUACUACGAGUCUCGACAGCUUUGGUUCGGGUAUCACGCAAAUGGCGCUUCAGCUGUACAACAUUACGAAUGCUACAGACUUGGGCAUCACGCCAGAGCUGGUGUACACUACAAUGGUGACAGACCUUCGAGUUGCCUGUCCACUGGCGAACAUGGCCUCGAACUUGGCGACGGCGUUCCAGUCGCCCGUCUACCGAUACGUAUCUGAAAUCCACCCGUCCAAGCCGGUGAAAAUACUGGGCCACGAGGCUCCGUACAGUCUGCACCCGUGGACGCUCGUGGCAUUCUUCGACCUCCAGGGUCACUUUCUGGAAGGAGGCGAUGGCGGCGGCAGUCCUCAAGAAGAGCCAGAUCUGGCUCUUCGCGAUGCUGUCCAAGAGAUGGCGCUGCGAUUUGUGCGCUCGGGCGGCCGCUCAGUGCCCGUGGCGGACUGGAUGAGGUAUCCGAAGACGGUAGCCCUACUUCGGGGUGCCAAUGCCACGUGGGAGGUAGUGCCGACCACUUCGUACAAGAAGACCGAGUGCAAAUUCUGGACCUCCGAGGGACUGACCCAGUACGCCUGGAUUAGCUAAGCGCUCGCGCAGGGCACUGCACUAUGUACACCGUCCGGAGAUUCAUUUAUUAGUCGAUCGGUCUGCUACAUGACGCCGGUCAUUUUCUGUACAGGCUUGCGUGCUUGUUCCCUUUCCGAAUGUCCUUGCGCUUUGGCGAACGGCAUUAUGACUUGUAGAAAUACCACACGAUGCAAGGGGUAGAAGCCACGUCAUGGCGAUGAAACAUGUCUGCAUGAUUUUUGUUGCAGUGACAAAAAAAUUUCCUGCUCUUCGCAGAAGAGGCCCCUCGUCGUGAGAUGAAGGAUUUGUGGCAUGUUAAGAAGUGAAGAACACUUUUCGAUUUGCAUCAACACCCCUGUUAGUUGGGUCUAUAAAAAUGCCACAUCAGAGUUAACAACAGGGAGAAUCAAUGGCAAGCGGCAAGCAAUGUUGCAUUUUAUGGGUUUUGCUCUUUUACAGUUCUCACGAUGUUAGAACAGUGUUUUUUGAAGCAGCAUCGCGUUAAUUCCUACUCUUUCAUAGUGAUCAAGUGGAUAAGCGAGGAAACGCGUUCAUUACGGUGCCACGAUUGCUUACGUGCCGAGAGCCACUUUUGUUGCCUUGGGCAAGGCAACAGGUUCAGCGCCAAACGCCGAGAAGAAGAGAUGACAUACGUUGGGGAACAACUGGGCAAGCUGUUCAAUAUAAAAAUAGUUGUCAGUCAUGCGGUUCUACAGGUGAAUGCUAUACGAGAGAGUGCUACUUAUGAUUACUUGUAGGUAUAUGCGCUGACUCGCCGACUUCUGUGCUGUACAGUGACUGAAAACAGAACGUAAUGGUCAACGACUCGCAGAAACCAAAGCGGAUGCGAAGCGCGUCCGUCCUGAAGCCGCGUCAACAAUGCACCUAUUCCGCACAGUAGUGUUCUUUAGUAGCUUGAGUAGGUGACGUUUCUCAUCUGGCAGUCACUUACUAAGCACAUUUUGUCAUAAUAAUCAUGGUCAGUUUCUAAGAUAAGGAAUGAUAAAUUGCACGCUCAUUGCUCGUGUAGGCAGACUGCUAGUCCACAGGCAUGUAAAAGAAAAUACCACACACAUAAAUUACGAGGUUUAGAGACUAGCUCAGUUCAUCCGGAAAACUAGAAACAAUGAAAUGGAAAGUAAAAUGAAAAGAUCUCAUCGGAAAGUAUCGUUGCUGUCGUUCUAUGACAUGAAUCAUCACCUUUAUGUGCUGGUUCGUACACUAAAGGAGAGGAGGACGAAUUUAAGAAACUGUAAAAGCGGGCGGUAAAGAUUGAGAAAUUUGUUUCUUGACCAAUAAGAAACAGAAACUUUAUUUAGCAACAAAAAACAAAUCCUUGCGUUUCUUAAUUCAAUCUGUGUCUUCUGUGCUCUCCACUACUCGUAUAAUAGCGUGAAUUCGCACACUUCUGGCACACUGUUUGGAGUUGGUUACAAGUUCUCACGCGACCGACAAAGCCUACAUGUUUCGUCGCCAAGGAAACUUAUGUACAGUGCUUGUAAGUGACACUUGUGUCUAUGCAUGUCCAUUGUAAAACAAAUACAUCACUUAAAGUCCAGUCGAUGACAUGGACGCCUCAAGAACCCAGUGACACCUUCAGUGAGUGAUUGCGUCUGCGUGUGCGUGUGUGAAGACAGCGUGAUUUGUGCCUUAGGCAGACUCUUCCUGGGAACUUUGCCGUUCGUGAACGUUUUUUGACGGCGUCAAGUACUGCUUCAACUUUUUGCGCCGCAUCUUUCUGUGCUUCAGUUAAACGACCUCUUUAUCGUACUUUCAUCGUGCUAACCAGGUGUGCAUCUUGCUGUGUUCUUGUGAGUGCGUUGUUAUGUGUGGACAUUUUUAGCCCACCGUGUCAGUGGUGUUUUCCUUUUUUUUUUCAUCUGUAUGCUUGAAUGAAUUAUACAUAACCCACCAUUCAAAGUUUAGAGUUUAUACACAAAUACUUGCUGCAAUCUCUUUCAUCCAAAGGCCUUUCUGAGCAUCAAACUAUUCAGACAAAGCUUUCUCUAGUGAAUUCAAGCUCGCCAACUGUGACUAACGGCAAUGGAGAAUAAUCAGACCAUAGUGGAGUUCCUCUUCUACGUAAACUUCUUAUGCUCUCAGGCGUUGCAUAAUUAUAGAGCAAGGCAUUGUGCUUUCGAUAAUCAGAUCAUGUUUACAGAAUUUCAUUCAUUCUUAAUUAUAACUGCGUUCCAACGUUAUUUACUGUGCUAAAUAAUGCAAGGCAAACAAAAGUGCUAUGCUCUAAUUCCUGGAACUUAGGAUUCUGAUACUCGCAUUGAACGUGUAUAAAAAUGGUGUAUUCGGUGAGUGUGUGGUUAGAUAAAGCAGUGAUUUUGUUUCUAUUUUUUACACUGGGCAAUUGUUAGUUCAUAAGGUAAGUUGCUAUCAAGGUGCAUUACCUCAUCACUUCUGCUUUGAGAUUGAGCGCGCUUUCUACAAUGUACUUCGUUGAAGUGGUACUUGCUCUUGUGCACUGACUGUCAAAAAUAUCGGAGAGGUGCUUUGUGAAGACUUCUCAUUUAUAUGUAAUAUUAGUAUUAAAAGAAAAUUAGUGCAUACGUGUGUCCCACUUAUUCGAGUAGGACACAUACAGAAUCCUCCAUUUUGCCAAAAUUUGUGCAUUAGUGGUGCUUGCUACUAAUGACGUAAUAAAAACUCACAACCAGUAUGGUGGUAUAAAGAAGUGUCAACCGGAACCUAAUUUAGAGAGUCUCAAUGCAACUUGGAAAUACUGCUUCAAUGGGACAUUUGUGGGAACUUUUGUUGCUGUGGUGUGGCUGCAUAAGAAACAGGAGUGUGGAUGUUGUACGUUGCUUUUCCACCUACAUCUGAUUUUACUCGCUGAAUUUGCGUGAUUGCGAAAUAAUUAUAUGCAUAAGAGUGAUGGGGAGAUUGACGCGCUUAGUGAUGGGUCAAACCACACCGCCUGAUGGAAUAAUUUAGGUACCAAAAAAAAAAUAUUCAGGACUGCUCACGCGUCAACAGUCCUCUUUCCCAACUUGAAACACUCACUGAAAUUGACGACAGUUCUUUUUAGCGGCUUCUACUUGUUUCAACAAUUGUUCCUCGGCUGACAAAUGUGUUGUUUCUGUAUGUAUGGCUUUGAAUAAAUAUCCA